AUGAUCCUCAGGACUGCUGCUCGACCCCAAAUCUAUUCAUGUGUGCUGCGGAACCAUCAACGCACAUUUUUUUCGCUCCCCAAUUUCUCAAUCCCUGGCAGCGGGGGCAGCAGUAAUGACGACAGUGGCACUCAGUUCCACACACGCAAAAUCCUUCCAUACACACAACGCCAGCUGUAUAGUCUCGUUGCCGACGUGAAUUCGUAUCAUUUCUUCCUCCCUUUCUGCACCAACUCGAGGGUCCUCACUUCCCCUCCACCUGGCGGAUUCAACACCAAUGAGCCAUACGAAGUCCAAGCCGAACUCGAGGUCGGAUUCAUGGGGAUGAAAGAGUCAUACGUGAGCCUAGUCCGGUGCCGGCCUUGGGAAAUGGUCCAAGCGGUCGCUGCCUCUUCUACACCACUCUUCAAGCAUCUCGAAACGACAUGGAGGUUUCAACCUGCAUCCGCGUCCUCUCCUCACCCGACAAAUGCUACCUCUCCCCCCAGCUCAACCGAUAUCGAGUCUGGACCAAACAAAGGCCCUACGCUUCUGAGCAUUGACCUUGAUUACCAGUUCUUGAAUCCCCUUCAUGCAGUUGUGUCCAAAGCAGCAUUUGAACGUGUGUCAGGCAUGAUGGUCGAGGCUUUCGAGAGGCGGUGCCUCGAAGUUUAUGGGAAGGGCAAAGAAUGA